UGAAGAAUAGUGGAGAAAGAAGGGGUGAAUUAAAUUGUAGUUACCAUCCUUUACACUUCUAAACAGAGUAAUGAGGACAAAUAAAAUGCUCUAACAUCGAGGAUUAUACUAAAGUGAAUCUCCAGCAUAAUAUUAUAUCCACCGCUGAAAACCUAAAUAAGUCGCCCUCUAUAGAAAUAAUGAUGAAUACCGCCAUAAAGUUCAAAGGUGCUUAUACGCUGCGAGCGCUCUCUGUGGAAAAACCCACUGCUAUUUAUAGGAUGCAAAAACUGCAAUUUAUUUACAAAAGAUCUACUCAAGUGUGAUUCUACUAUUAUUACCGUAUUUGUAUUCGGGAACACAUUUGAAUAGAGAAUUCAUACUUUUGAUCAAAGUUAGGCGCACCUCUUUCGACACAUAUUUUAUAUAAUCAAAGUGAGAACUUGGUACAGAACUGCAUGCAGUUAUAGGACGCACUUGUUGCGUAGAUUCGAAUAUUGGUAAAGUCUACUACGUUAUUGCAUAAUAGUUAGAGCUUGCAUGAACUGAGUAUUGGCUUCUAGUACAAAUCAGCUGAUCACACUUUUAAGUUUUAUUGGACAUCGAUUGGGUAUAGGCGUAGAAUGAGCUCGCGUUUGUAAUAAGACAGAGAACUCUAAUAUUUGUAGCAAUGGCUGCGAAGACUGAGGAAGAGAAAGCUCCAAGCUCUGCAGAGAACCUGACGUGUCCACUAUGUCUUGAUGUCUUCGACGAGGCAACCAUCCUGAAUUCAUGCGGACACACCUUCUGUCGGAAAUGUCUCAAGAACUAUGACUUUUCCCACCAGGAUCUCGACCACAUGAUCUUUCCUCUCUGCAGGAAGAUCACCAAGUUGUCUGCGAACCGUGUCGAUGAUUUCCUCAUCAAUGGUACUGUCAACGGACUUGUAGACAAUUACCACGCCGAGUGUGGAGGGAUGAACGCUGUCCUUGAGAUGCGUCCAAAAUGCACUGCUUGCAUGGUUCAGCAAGAUGCUGUCUCAUUCUGCUGUACAUGCAAUAACUACAUUUGUGAUAAGUGUCUGGAUUGUCAUAAACAUCUUAGAAUCUUUAAAAGUCAUGAUAUUGUAUCCAUACAGGAUAUCAACAACGGGAAGAUCAGUAUUGGUCAUCUCUCCGAGAAGUGCUGCAUCCACGAACAAGAGAACAAAGAUAUGUUUUGUGAGGAUUGUAAGGUCCAUGUUUGUUUCAAGUGCGUGAUCGUCGGUCAUCAACAUCACAACAUCAAGAAUCAGACUGACUUCGAGAAGCAGUUACGUCUAAAGGUGAACGACCUAGUCCAGCGAUGUACCACUAAGAAAUCAGAACUGGAAAAGAACAUUCAGAACGUGGAAGUGCAACGUAAUGAAGUAUUCACUGCCGUGCAGAAACUACUGAAUGAUGUCAGUCAAGCCUACAGCAUCAAGGCUAAAGAGCUUGAAGGAAAUCAUCGAAAUCUCAUCGAGCAAAUCAAUGCAGUCAAGCGGAGUUUCGAUGACGAACUCAACGUCUUGAAAUCCAAGGAUCGACAGAGGAUCAAGAGUAUUUGUAGUUCAAUAACACUGGUAGCUAAUGACAGACUGGGUCGUCUUGAGACGGACAGUCUGUCUGCUCAUACCUUGCUCUGUGAGGAGCUGGAUGCCAUGCUGAGGGAGGCUACUGAUAACUCUUCUGCGGCAGCCAUUACGAAGAAAGCACAGGAGACGAGGUUCAAGCCUGCAUAUGAUACUCGUCUUGACCUCGGGAGCAUCUCAGAAUCAGAUCACAAGUUGCAAGUCAUUCAAUGUGUAGAUCUACGGGGAUGCAUGCAUGGAAUGACCCAGUACUCUGAUGACGGUGUGGCUAUCGGAUAUUGGGAUUCACAUGAUAUAGAUACCAUUGAUUCAGCUGGUAAACAAGAGCAGUAUGCAAAUAUACCAACUAAUAAGAAGUGUUAUGAUCUUGUGUUUCAACAAGACAGGUCGUUAUGCAUAUCGAUGGGCCCCAGGGAAGUACACAUAUAUUAUCCCAAUGGAUCCAGGAAAUCAACUAUCCACGUGAAUAGCAAUUACGAUCCUCUCAGAUUAAACAGAAGUCCUUCAGAUGAAAUCCUCAUCGCUAACAAUGGGAAGAAAGUCUACAUCUAUGACCCGACUGAAUCCACUCUCAAACACACUGUUUCAACAAAACACAACAUGACCCAGGUAUCUGCUACCAGGUCGGGUUUGAUCGUCACGUGUUCAUGUUAUCCAAGCGUGGUGACAGUCUAUGACAGGAAUGGGAAUGCUGGUAAGUCUCUAGAAGCUCCAAACGAUGUCCUCCUGUUUGCUGCCGUGGAUGAGCAGGACAGGGUGUAUGUAGCGAGUGUUGAUCGUAAGAAGGGUAACGUGGCGAUCAGGCUCUAUGACCUUGAUGGUCUGAACCUGAAGGAAAGAGUUGAGUUUAAUGUACUUAAUCUGACGCUUGAAGAUCCUUGGUGUUACUUGGUUUCCCUCUCUCCAGACAUGCUUGCUUUUGCUCGUCACAAGAAGUUGUAUUUUAUCAAAGUAUCACUGUAAUCCAUCUCACACUCUAUAUACCUCUCUGCUCCAGCUCUAUUCUAAUAUGGGCCUAUAAUGGGUCAUAUUACAUGUAUAUUGUUUAUUAUGUGAUUACUGACCAAACGAGAAGAUGCCCAUUCUCAGAUAGAUUUUACAGUGGACAUUAUAACAAUAUAACAAUAACGUACGUCCCUCUAUCUGAAUAGUAUGCGCAUUCGUAAAAUGUACGUAAAUUAUAUACUUCUUGAAUUGUUUUCUAUUUGAUAUUUUAUUAUAUGAUUGGUACUACAAAAUCAAAGAUUAAUAUAGAAUACAGAAACACUGUUGAUUUUUUUCGUUUUGGCUCAUUGUUUUGGCGAUUUACUCUAAUGAGAGCAAAAUGAAUCUCUGUCGUAAAGCAAUAUUCGUUGUUAUAUUCUUUGAUUGAUAUUUAAUUUGUUUUUGUGUGUGACAAAGCACAUCCUGACUUAAUAUUGUACUUUGGAGCCGAAAAGUAUUUUUUAAACUUCUGGUAUCAAUAUUCCCUUAUCCCUUUUCCUUCGGUUUCAUUGUAGCAUAAUUUAAUACUACUUAAAAGUAAUUCAUAACUUUAGAGACUUUGAAUUUGAAUGUAAGAGGUAUAUAUAUGUUUCCAUCGCUUGAGACGCAAAAAAAGAGAAGCAAGUGAUCUGAUAUCGUAAGGUAUAACUUGAAAAUUGAUAUAAUAUUGAUGACCUUCUCAUUGGUGUGAUUUAUAUUAUGUCGUCAUUCUCAAAGUACAUACAUGUUUAUUUUGUUUUUGUUU